UUACUCAGACGUGGUUUUGCCACAGUCCGGUGGGCGCGGCGCCGACGAUUAGAGAGAGAGAGAGAGAGAGAGAUAAAAGAGUGACAUAGAGAGAAUCAGAAAGCUAUAUAUAUACAUAUACAUAGAGAGAGAAACAGAAAGAGAUUGAUUUCAAGGAGAAUGGCGAUCAGAAAGCUUCUGCUUCUAUUGAAACCGAUUGAUCCGUACCCGUUUCUCCAAUCAGAAAGUAUCUCGCUCAUCAAAAACCCUCAGGUUCUUAAGUAUCUAGAAAGCAGGUGCAAAGUUCACAGGAAUGCUACAAACUUUUGUCAGGAGAUUCUUAAUAAGAAGGCAGUUGAGUGGAAACCCAUUUCACGCAAUGACGUAUCGAAUCCCAUUCGUGAUGUGGAUAUGGUCAUCACCGUUGGUGGAGAUGGCACCCUCUUGCACGCCAGCCAUUUUUUAGACGAUUCUGUUCCGGUUCUCGGAGUCAAUUCUGACCCAACACAAGCUCACGAGGUGGAAGAACUGAGCGAUCAGUUUGACGCUAGUAGAAGCACUGGUCAUCUUUGUGCAGCAACAGUUGACAACUUUGAACAAGUACUGGAUGACAUUUUGAACGAGAGAGUAGUUCCUUCGAAAGUAUCGAGAAUAUCAGUAAAGUUAAACUCAGAACCUCUUCUCUCGCACGCACUUAAUGACGUUUUGAUCGCACAUCCAUGCCCUGCCGCAGUUUCAAGGUUCUCGUUCAAGAUAAAGGAAAAAGACGGCUACACCAGUCCAAAGACAGUGAACUGCCGCUCAAGCGGCCUGAGAGUCUGCACAGCAGCUGGCUCAACAGCAGCAAUGCUGUCAGCAGGUGGGUUCGUGAUGCCAAUGUUGUCUCGUGAUCUACAGUUUAUGGUUAGAGAGCCCAUCUCUACCGGUUCAACCGUCACUCAAAUGCAUUCAUCCUUCAAACCGGACCAAUCCAUGGAUGUUAACUGGUACUCAGACCACGGCACCAUCUACAUGGACGGUUGCCAGGUCCGCUACAACGUCCAGCUCGGUGACACGGUCGAGAUAUCAUCUGAUGCGCCGGUCUUAAACGUUUUCUUGUCCAAAAGGCUUUAGUCAGAUCAGAUCAAGGUACUAAAUUUGUCCAUAAGAGUUGGUAGAGUGAGAGACACUUCGGACCCACUUGUUUAUAGAUAUGGAUUCGUUGAUUCCUUGGUGCUUGAACAAGUUUUAAUUGAAGUAACGUGGAUGUAUAUGAUCCUCUUGAAUAUGAAUAAAUGCUAAGAAUACGAGUCA